GAAGAGAGCUCAUCUGUGGAGGGCGUCGUCGUUUGCACGAUACUGCGCAUGGCGGCCUCGAGAGGACUCAGUGGUCUGUCGGCACUUUUGGUUGUGGUGAUAAUCACGGCAUCAGGCCUCCUGGCUGGUGCACGAAGAGGCGUGUUCUGGAAGCUCGUAGGCCCACGAAGGAGAGGCAUCUGCCACAGACAUGGCUUGGUUUGAUCGCAUGUUUGCUUUGCAGGAUGCACGGGACUGUGGGUGCGAGUGCUGCUUGGUGGCUUCGCGGCUCGCUUCGGAGAAACUCGCAGGCAUAGAUAAGAAGGUGGGCGCAUCGGAAAUGUCAUUCAUGUGCUCGCCCUUUUCAUCUCUCUCUCUCUCUCUCUCUCUCUCUCUCCCGUGUGUCAUCCAUGGGUUGCUUUGCAGUGCACUCCUCCCGUUCCCGAUACGCUGCACCCCGAUGGUGCGCUGAGCGAGUGCCAUCAUAGAGAUCCUUGCCGACUCACAGGCAACACCAUACUCACAAACGCAGAGUUCGUUCCCCUCAAGGUCAGUCAGCACAGCCACGACACACACACACGUGUACUUGCUUCACUCCCCAUGCCACUUGUGUGUUUGUUUGUUUGUUUGUUGUGUGCAGCAAUGGUGUUAUUACGCGUGCGAGUUGCCAUCGGCGUUUGCGGCCAUCGGCACGCCCUGCCAGGCAAUCAGUGGCGAGAAUGUUCUGCUGGCCCAGACGGGAGAUGGCAAUGGACGAGAUGCAGCACACUACUCGGCAUAAUAAGCAAGGGUGUCGGAUUGACACCUGGUGGCGAUUGGGAAGGGGCGGACGUUUUCCAGUCUCCAUGGUGAAUGAUGGGGUAGGUGGGUGCUCUUUGUGUAGCCUGUCUGUGUGCGUGUCGAUAGCACGAUAGAUAGCUGUACAGCUGACUGACUGACUUGAGUCUCAUCCAUGGUGGGGUGGCAUGUACGUACGUUGUGUGAAGGGCUGUGUGGAUGGGAUGUCGGUGGCAUCGCAUCGCAUGCAUAAUUGAGUGAGGUUCGAGGGCCGGAUACAUACAUCUGUCUGUCUGUCCAUAUGAUAUGAAGAACAUUGUGCUGCACAGGGAAUGAAUGAAUGCAGUGCACGGGUUUUGCACCACCAUUCAUUCCAUCACACACAUCCAGCGAGCUGCUCCAUGAGUGC